CACGUGUGGCAAACAGGGUUGGUACAGUAGGCCUCACUAAACUUAGCUGCAACUAAGAAUUUCUCCUACAUCAACUGAGUUAAGGCUGAUGCUCUUGUGGAAUGUGGAUUAAAAGUGCGUGCUAAGUUCCAAAUUUCCAUUUGAGAAGCGGAGAAAGUAAAUGUACCACAACCACCAGCAUCAGGACAGCAAACCAAGGGACAAAGAAUUUGAUCCACAGUGUUGAUAUAUGUUAACUGGUUCACGUGUUGCUUAAAAGACGUUUGCUGGGGGGCGAGAAGUGGACGUCAGCUGUGCGAAGUCAUUUUGUUUACAAAAAUGAGGGCUUCUUUGGAAACAGCAGACAUUGCCAUUGUGGCACUGUACUUCGUGCUUGUAAUGUGCAUAGGUUUUUUUGCCAUGUGGAAAUACAAUCGGAGCACCGUAAGUGGCUACUUUUUGGCAGGGCGUUCUAUGACCUGGGUAGCUAUUGGUGCAUCUUUAUUUGUGAGCAAUAUUGGAAGUGAACAUUUCAUUGGUCUCGCAGGAUCUGGAGCGGCGAGUGGAUUUGCAGUAGGUGCAUGGGAAUUCAACGCCUUAAUGCUUUUGCAGCUUUUAGGAUGGGUCUUCGUCCCAGUCUACAUCCGGUCGGGAGUAUACACCAUGCCCGAAUACUUGUCCAAGCGUUUUGGAGGGCAUAGAAUUCAAAUAUAUUUUGCAGCAUUGUCUCUAAUUCUUUAUAUCUUCACCAAACUCUCAGUUGACUUGUAUUCAGGGGCACUUUUUAUUCAAGAAUCGCUAGGUUGGAACCUCUAUUUGUCAGUUAUCCUCCUUAUUGGAAUGACUGCACUGUUGACUGUGACUGGAGGUCUUGUGGCUGUCAUCUACACAGACACCCUUCAAGCUCUGCUUAUGAUUAUUGGUGCCCUCACACUUAUGAUCAUAAGUAUUACGGAGGUUGGUGGGUUUGAAGAAGUUAAAAGAAGGUACAUGUUAGCAUCGCCAAAUAUUACGUCUAUUUUGUUAACCUACAACAUUUCCAAUACCAAUUCCUGCAAUGUCGACCCAAAGCCUGAUGCUCUUAAAAUGUUGCGCGAGCCAACAGAUGAAGAUAUUCCCUGGCCUGGAUUUCUAUUGGGACAGACCCCAGCUUCUGUCUGGUACUGGUGUGCUGAUCAAGUCAUAGUUCAGAGAGUUCUUGCUGCAAAAAACAUUGCUCAUGCCAAAGGAUCCACUCUGAUGGCAGGCUUCUUAAAGUUGCUGCCUAUGUUCAUUAUAGUUGUCCCAGGGAUGAUAUCACGAAUACUGUUUGCAGAUGAUAUUGCCUGCAUUAAUCCGGAACACUGUUUUCAAGUCUGCGGGAGCAGAGCUGGAUGCUCUAACAUUGCCUACCCACGUUUGGUGAUGAAACUUGUGCCAGUUGGUCUGCGGGGACUGAUGAUGGCUGUGAUGAUCGCUGCACUGAUGAGUGACUUGGACUCGAUAUUCAACAGUGCCAGCACCAUAUUCACACUUGAUGUCUACAAACUCAUUCGGAAGAGCGCAACAUCUAGAGAACUGAUGAUUGUAGGAAGAGUCUUUGUUGCGUUCAUGGUAGUUAUAAGCAUUGCCUGGGUCCCGAUAAUUGUAGAAAUGCAAGGUGGUCAGAUGUACCUUUAUAUUCAAGAGGUGGCGGACUACUUGACCCCACCGGUGGCUGCUCUGUUUCUUAUGGGUAUCUUUUGGAAGCGUUGCAAUGAGCAGGGGGCUUUCUAUGGUGGAAUGGCCGGGUUUGUUCUUGGAGCGAUACGGUUGAUACUGGCAUUUAUCUAUCGUGCUCCAGAGUGCAACCAGCCGGAUACUAGGCCAAGCUUUAUCAAAAACAUCCAUUACAUGUAUGUUGCAACAGCUCUCUUCUGGAUCACCGGGAUUGUGACCUUUGUAGUAAGCCUUCUCACGCCUCCGCCUACGAAGGAGCAGGUUCGGACGACCACUUUCUGGGCUGUGAAAAACAGGAGCGUAAAAGAGAGUGCCGCAAAGGGGGAGCUGUACAAAGUGCAAGAAAAGAGCAUCCUCAAGUGCAAUGAAAACGCUAACCAUAUCAUUCCAAAUGGCAAAUCGGAAGAAAAUAUUAAAAAUAUUAAGCCAGAGGAUAUCAAUCUUCUGGUUACUUGCAGAGAUGACAGCAACCCGGUGAUUUCUGUGAGUCACUCUGAAGUCGAGACACCAGUUGAUUGUUAUUCAAACGGACAAGCAGCUUUGAUGGGGGAGAAAAAACAUGAGGAAGAGACUGAUGAUAGAGAGAGACAUUUGAAAUUCAUAGAUUGGUUCUGUGGCUUUAAAAGUAAAAACAUGAACAAGAGAGCUGUUCGGGAGAUGGAGGAAGAGACUGUUUGUUUACAAAUGUUGGAAGAGACUCCAAAAGUUAAACUAUUACUAAAUACUGGACUGGUUUGUGUCUGUUCGCUUGGAAUAUUCAUGUUUGUCUAUUUCUCUUUGUGAGUGAAUAGUGAACUUUUAAGGGUAUGGCUAAACAUACAGAAGUUGAUACAGGUCUCUGGAGAUUUUGUUUUGUUGUUUUUUUGUUUUUUCUUUUCAAAUAACCACAACCCAGGCAUUGUUUACGCUAUAAUUGUAAGAUCAACUCAACUUUAGCCUAUUUAGAAACCAUCUGAGACAUGUUGUCCUAUCUCUGCUCAAAGCAGAAUGUGUUGUGUGGUGUCUUUUUUUCUUUUUCCCCUUUUGUCUUUUUUUUUUUUCAUUUGCAGUACUAACCUGUUUUUCCUUGUAUACAUAUAUAAAUAUACCAAAGGCAGGCAGGUGGCUGUGUUUGAAGUCAGGCAGUUAGAGCUCAGCAUUAAGGUGAAGAUAACAAGUAAUUUACCGAUGUGUAAAAUCUAAAUGAUUAAAGCUAUGUCAAAAGAUUUUUAAAUAUAGGGUUGCGAUGCACAUUACUGUUGUCAUUCUUUGUAACAUAGCUGUAUUACCUCGGCCAACUUAGCACUUUUUAAAUUUUGCUCACUGCUUCUAUUUUUUUUUCAGUUUCUCAUUUCUCUUCUGGCAACUACAGGAUGAUGUUUUGUCUCAUCUUGUAGCCCUUAAAAACAUGAUAGCUGUUAGUAGCCUUCUCUCUUUUUUCUCUGUAAGAAAAUGUUUGUCUUUUUGACUUUAUCCACUGUAAAUUCCAUUACUGAAAAGCUGCUGUAUUUAAAAAAGGGAAAAAACCCAAACAAACCUUGAAGAUGACAAACUGGCAAUGGAGGAGAGGGGGAAAAGGGGGGAAAAAAUACUCUGUUUUGGGUUUUUUAGUAUAUUGAAAUAGAAGAGUAUAUAUUCAGCCUCUUAGUCUCCAAACCUUUAGGACUAGGGUUAGCCUCUUUUUAGAGAAAAAAAUCUGUAGGUUCUACCACGUGGAAAAGAGAAAAGUGUGAAACUGAAUGUCUUCAGUUUGGUAAGCACACUGAAAAAUAACUUCUCUGCUGUGUACUUCUAGAAGGAAAUACUCUGCAGCCCCUGCCAUUGCUGCAUACUGAGUCUAUAAGGGGACAAAAACAAGAAGGAAGACAAGAGGAAGGUGAAGUGGGGGAAAGAGGUCAAAGCGGUCCUUGUUUUCCGGAGUCCUUUUGCCUCAUAUCUUUUCCCGCUUCCCCUUUCACCCUGUCAAACCUUCUUCUUUAAGGAAUGACUCCUGAGGGAUUCUGUGUCGAGAUAAGGAACGUGUGCAGUCGUAAUCUGUGUCGGCAAUUGAGGUCUGCCCUUACAGUUCUUCAAAAAAAGUGAAACUUUUCCCAGGCAAUCAUAGACAAUCAUUAGGUCUCAAGAUGCUGAGGUUCUUUUUCUCACGAAGGAUGAAUGCCUGAGGCAGGGAUGAACAGUUUCCAGGUGUGGAGGACAUCUGUGUGCAGCAGGUUGGUGGAGCUCAGCAGACCAGAAGUUUGCAGAACUUGGUCUGCUUCCCCCCUUGGCAAAGCAGGAGUACAUGUUGCCAUCUGAGUGCUCUUGUCCUUACCUAAACCAAGUCAGGGCCUGUUUCCAGGUGCAGAGGCCAGCUGACAAUAUGUGGCUGAGCUCGUAGCAUUAAACUCCCUUACCCUCCAGGACAGAGUGGUUAUAUCCAGGCUUCCUCUGAAAAUAAUUUCUCCAGUUAUCUUUAUUCCCAGGCUUGUCUCAGGACUUGUUUGGGUAAGCACCAACCAGUUAGGUAUGAGGGACCAUGCUGACAGUUCAGCAGCAUCAAUUCAAGGGUCCAACAAUGUGUCCUUGGCACAUAAACAAGAACCAAUCCCUAUGGGGUGAAAUAGCUCUCUAGAGAUGAAAUUUGGGUUAAUCCUGCCUUUGACUGCUGAAGAAAGUUUGCUUUCCAGUACAGUGGUGCCAUAAGCUGCAGGCUGUCCAAAUGGCUUUUAGUAGUAUGAUGUAUAAUACAUAUUUUCAGAUAAAAUUAAAAACUUCCAUUUUUCUGGAUCUUUUUUUGUUUGUUUUUGGUGUGUUUUAAAAUCAGUUGAAUUCCAUUCAUUCCAAGACUUUAAACAGAGGCCGAAAUGCCCCACCUUUCUCCACUUCGUCUAGUUGUUGCUGCUGGAAAGUAGACUACUCUUAACUGGAAAUACAGUAAUAAGUGUGGGAGCGAUGUUGCAAUAUGUGUAGAAGAGGAGAGUUACCAUACCUGAGUCUUGAUGUUAAUACCAGUGUGACAAGACACAUUUUCUUAUGGUUUGUGUGGCUGGCUUCGUUCAGAAAAAUACUUUAAAUCCUUUUUAAUGGUAAAAUCGUAGUAUGUGAAAUAUGUUAAUGGCAUCUCAAGUUACUUUGUUAGUGGGCUGAGUUGGGAAGGAUGGUACUAUAAGAAAGGUGUAAAACAUAGUUAAUUGUUUCUAUGCAGGAUAAAGUAGGGCAAAGUUUGAUCUUAGUGGGAUCAAAAAUAACAACUUUUGGAAGGUAAAGAUAAGUCUCAGUCCAAGAAUAUCUUCUUGAAAAGGCUGGGAUCUGGCUAAUAUGCCUAAUUUGGCACAGAGGAAGAGACACUCAUGUACCAGGCACUGUCCCUUAGUAACUUGGCAUGUCUUUCUAUCAGCAGCUGAUACUUGGAUUUUCCAGACCAGUCCUCUUUGCUCUCAGUAUUAACAAAUGCAUUACCACCUAACCUGUGAAGCCAGGUUAGCUCAGGGACCCUUUUGCGUGGCUGCCAUUGCUUCAUCUGUGCUUGCUUUUUUCCCAGGGUGCCUUACAUGGUUAUAAAGCUGAAGGCAUGGUUUUUACUGCCCUCUGAAGAGUGGUUUGCUUAUAAUGGCUUUUCUCAGCUUGUUUUUCCUCUUCCCCUCUCCACCCCCAAGUUAUUUGUUGUUUAAAGACAACGCUGUUUAAAGACUCUAUAGACAAGAUGCCUGUAUCCUGUUCAGUAGAACUAUGGUCAGGUCCAUGGUGAAAUUACCCUUCGAUGUGGUAGGGAGUCAAUCCUUCACAAAUGUAUGGUGCAGCCUUUGGCUGUUGAAUCGGAGAUACUCCCAUCUCCCAGUUAAUGUAUUCUCACUUUGGCUAAACUACCAAGUUGCUGCAUUAAUUGCAGUGGUAAUUGGCAGUCAGGAUCUUAAUAAAGUAAUAUUUUUCUCUCACCCCCUUCUUUAGACCUGUUAUUGUGAAGCUUUUAAGCAAAUUAUUUCUCCAGUGCUUUUUCCUCUUCAGUUGUUUAAAAAUGGGCUUCUGUGCUACUUUCUGCCUAAUGCCAGCCUCAUCAGUUGUAUUCUGUUUUCAUGUGUUAGAUGUCAUAGAACUUGCUAAUGUUAUUUGCAUAUAACCACUUAAUAAAAAGCCUAUAUUAGAAAAAAAAAAUUAUAAGGCUUCAAGCAAACUGUCUAUUGGUGAGGGAAGUACCUUGCCCUGUAUUACGGACCUUAGCAGAAGAAGUUGCUUGAGGAUUUUUUUUAUAGCGUAAACAUGCCUUUGCUGAUGAUCUGAUCAAGAUCUACAUGGAAGAGAGAUUAACCCAGGUUGAUACGUUUUGGUUUAAACACCAACUUUUUGGUCCAGUAAAACUACAAAGUGUCUCCCAUAAUGGACAAUCACUUCCACAAAUGUUCUCCUCCUUGGUGGGACUGGCUAGUCAUGCAGGGGUAGAUCCAGGAGGACACAUGCUUCUGUCUGGCAGCGAUUGGUUUAUUUAUUGCCUUGAUCUUAGAAUGACAGUCUUGAAAAACUUAUUUUUGAAUGACACCGUUUUUUUGUUAUUUCCCUUAACUUAUUUUUCUGUUAAGAUAUUUGAAUUUUCUCCCAGAAACUUUUUAGAAGCUUUUUAUUUAAAAAAAAAAAAAAGAGGCUUUUUGAGAGCUUAAUAGUACAUUCUGGGAGACUGUUCUUAUUUAAUUUUUUUUUAAAUGAAUGGUUUGAUGCUAUUCUCUGCCAAAGUUUAGGGACUUUUUUGUUGUUUUUGUAAUUUUUCCCGUUAGCUUUUACUAAUACCCGAAAGGAAACAGUGUGAGAUUGUAAGAAAUUAAAAUGGCCUUCAGCAUACUGCUUGUGUAAUCUUCUACUUUUCCACUUCUGUGUUCCCUUUUCCACCCUAAUCCCAGAAGGGCCAGCAUGAGACUUCUGAUACAAGUCAUGAGUACUGUAACUGAGUAGUGAAAAAGAUUUCCCACAAGGUUACAGUGGAGUGGGCAGAGCCAUCAAUGGAUCUCUGUGCGAACACUUAAAGCAGAAGAUGCUUACAACUUUAAAACGUACAGCUUUAUUUUUUUUAUAUAUAUAUAUUUUUUAAAUCCUAAGAUAAAGGAGGUGUUGGGAGAUGCUCCCUUUCAGAGAACAGGAUACAUGGAAGAAGUUGGAGUUGCCAAGCUCUGGCUUUCUUGAGGAAAUCUUUGGAUUUAGCAUGUAUAGCGAAGCAAAAAUACUCAUCUGUUAAUUUGGUAUUCUGUAUGUUCUGUGCCCUUAAAUGUAAUUGUUUUGAAAAUAAAACUAACCUUGUUAUGUGAUGUUAAAAAGCAGACUUGUGUGCAAUGUUUUAAAUUUUUUUUUUAAGAAAAUGUUUGUAUAUAAUUAAAUGGUUUAAUGUGCUUUAAUUGGCCUAAGGUAAAGAGUAGUCCUAGAAUGUAAACAUAUAUAAUUAGGAUUUCUGAUUUCACUGUGAGAUCUCUGAACUCUUGUUUUGCAAAGUGGUUUGUUUUGUUUACAAAACACUUUCUAUUAUUUCUUUUAUGGUGUUGGUUUAAAGGCAUUUGCUUCACUUCUGUUCUAAUAUUGAAUUCAUGGUAUAGUGACAUCUGGUGACACUUAGCAUUAUCAGUUUCACUGUGUAAAGUCAAGACACUUUGAGCAAAAAUGGUAAUGAUAUGACAAUUCUCUGUGUCUAUGAAUACACGUUUUUAAAUGAGGUGGUUAUAAAAAUAGUUGCUGUGCAAAAUGUUAGUAGUCUUCUUCAAGAAGAAAGCAAAUUUUCUAAUAUCACUAGAGCAGUCUCUUCAUUUAUCUUAUUUUUAAAGCACAGUGUCAAAGUGAUGCUGCUUUACCUUGUAUCUCCGAUAUAAUGUUUUUUUAGAUAUCUGUGAAGUAUUUUUGUUUUUGUUGCUGUUGUAUUUUUCUGCAGAUUUUAUAUAAAAUACCAGUUAAUGAAUUGCCUUUUUGUUUUUUUUAACUAUUCAACUAAAAUACAUUUCAGACCAAAACCAAAUGAUAUCAUAUAGCAUUUGAAACCUGCCUUUUUCCUUGUGUCCCCCCACUCCCCUUUUUUUUUUUUUUUUUUUUU